AUGGACUCUCCUCCUCCUCUUCCUCCUCAACCCUCCGACCAGGACUACAGGAAUUGGCUGGAUCUUCCCCUUGAUGUGACGUCGUCGAUACUCCGAAGACUCGACGUCGUAGAGAUCCUGACCAGCGCGCAAAUGGUGUGCUUGCACUGGCGUAACGUCUGCAAGGACGCCUCCAUGUGGCGCACCCUCAACAUGGGCCGGCACUGCCACGUGGACUUAUGGAUCAAGUACUUGCCGGCCUACGACCUCUGUCGGAAUAUCUGUCGUCACGCCGUCUAUCUCAGUCGUGGCCAAUUGGUGGGGAUCGAAGUCGGCUGCUUUUGUGACGAGAAUCUCCUCAAGUACAUUACUGAGCGUUCAAGGGAGCUCAGAUACCUUGGAGCUGUAUUCUGGAACUUUAGUAUCUCAGAUAAGGGAUUGAGUGAGAUUGCUGCAAGUAUUCCAUUGUUGGAGGAGCUUGAAAUUUCAUACUGCUUUGGGAUCACUGAAAAAUUUCUGGAAGCUGUGGGCCGCAGUUGUCCCCAUUUGAAAUCACUCAAACUGAGAAGGGAGGUUUGCUGGGGAGAUCCUUUCAAUGAGUGUGAUCUUUGGGCAGUUGCUAUUGCAAAGAACAUGCCUGGGUUAGUCAGUCUGCAGCUUGAUGGGAAUAACCUGACUAAUGAGGGUGUGCAGGUCAUUCUUAAAGGUUGUCCUCGCCUUCAAUCACUGGAACUUCGGCAUUGUCGUUAUGUCACUAUGAAAGGGGAUUUUGAGAGGUGUUGUUCUGAACAGAUCAGAGACUUGCAGUUUCAUUGUUUCAGCGACCGAGAAUUUGAGAGAAUGCUGGAAGAUCGUGGAUAUUAUGAUAUUGAUGAUUAUAGACCGCGUUACGACUUUGAUCUUGGUUUUGUAUCUGAUUGA